AUGUUUAUGAAGCUGAAUGGAAUCCGCCACAUAACAUCAGCUCCCUACCAUCCGGCUACUAAUGGGCUCGCCGAGAGGUUCGUACAAACUCUAAAACAAGGUCUGCGAGCCUUUGCGGAUGCACUCAUUUCUCUUCAGCAGAAGUUAGCCAACGUCCUGUUUGCCUACCGUAACGCCACUCAUGCUACUACUAACCGAACCCCUGCCAUACUGUUCCUGGGACGGGGGCUGCGCUCAAGACUGGACCUGCUAAAGCCGAACCUGCGACGGACGGUAAUGGAUCGUCAGAUCAAGCAGGGUAAAGGGACUCACAAUAGAGAAACGCGUCAACUGGAAAUUGGACAGACUGUGCUUGCCAGGGAUUACCGUGGAGAACACAAGUGGAUUCCCGGUAUAAUCAGAGAGAGGCAAGGGCCCUUGUCCUACACCGUAGAAGUAGCUCCGGACACUAUCUGGCGACGCCACCUUGAUCAACUACGGGGGUCAGAGGUACGCACUGCAGCGGAGAUGGUGGAUCCUGCUGCUUCAUUCAUCGCUGCUCAGGGGGACCUGAGCCUGCCAACUGCCAGCGCUACUCCAGAGACCAUGAGCCUGCCUAGCUCCACCGCAGGCCAAGACAGCCGGAACCUGCAAAGCUCCGACAGCGACAUGGGGUGUCUGCCAAGCCCUGGUCCGCCCCUGACCCCACGCAUUGGUCUCCCUAGAGCUGGGGCGAGCCCGGCGGUUACACCUGAGAGACGUUAUCCAAUGCGUACUCACAGACCUCCCAAGAGACUAUCCCUUUAA